AUCAUCUCUCUCUCAUCCCAACCCUAUAUAAGAGAAGGGACCCACUCCAUUCCCUCGUAUAUCCACCCGUUUUCUACCUCUCCGAGAAGAAGGGGUGCGCACUUCACCCUCUUUCUCCCUCUUUCCCCAUCUUCUCUUCUCCUUCUCUCUCUAUCUUCUCUUCUCAGGCCUUUUUAGUAAUUCCGGCAACAAGCCCGGAUAUUUCUGCUAUUAUAUUUAUAGACAUCGCAAAGCUACUGCUUCUUGGUGGGAAUCAUGGCUGGGGCUCUAGUUCAGUCAGCAAUCCUCCCUGCAGCCGUCAGUGAAAAUCAUGGCCGACUCCGAGGCUCUGUAAAAACAAGAAAAACUGCCAAAAUGAUGUGUAACAUUCGAUCACAACCCCUGAGAAUGCGUGGAUUCACAGGAUUGCGGGGAUCAAAUACAUUGGAUAUGAUGGCGAGGUCUGGCCGUGAUUUUCAUUCUGUGGUUUCAGCUGCUAUCUCUGCUCCACGGGGAAAGGCUUGCCGAGGAGUUGCCGUAGCUAUGUUCGAGCGCUUCACAGAGAAGGCCAUUAAAGUUAUCAUGCUUGCACAAGAGGAAGCAAGACGGCUGGGACACAACUUCGUUGGCACAGAGCAGAUUUUGCUGGGUCUUAUUGGUGAAGGGACUGGUAUCGCUGCCAAAGUUCUAAAAUCCAUGGGAAUCAAUUUGAAGGAUGCCCGAGUGGAGGUGGAAAAGAUUAUUGGAAGGGGCAGUGGCUUUGUUGCUGUGGAGAUCCCAUUUACUCCUCGUGCCAAGCGUGUCUUGGAGCUUUCACUAGAAGAAGCCCGUGCCCUUGGUCAUAACUAUAUAGGAUCUGAGCACCUGCUUCUUGGGCUGCUCCGUGAGGGUGAAGGUGUAGCAGCUCGUGUGCUUGAGAACCUUGGAGCUGACACUAGUAACAUCCGUACGCAGGUUAUUCGCAUGGUGGGUGAAAGUACAGAAGCCGUCGGUGCUGGGGUCGGAGGAGGAAGCAGUGGCAACAAGAUGCCGACACUUGAGGAGUAUGGGACCAAUCUGACAAAGCUCGCAGAGGAGGGUAAACUAGAUCCUGUUGUUGGAAGGCAGCCGCAGAUAGAGCGGGUGACCCAAAUCUUGGGCAGGCGGACAAAGAACAACCCCUGCCUGAUUGGAGAGCCUGGUGUUGGGAAGACAGCAAUUGCAGAAGGGCUUGCACAACGCAUUGCAACUGGGGAUGUUCCAGAAACAAUCGAAGGAAAGAAGGUCAUUACCCUGGAUAUGGGUCUUCUGGUUGCUGGUACCAAAUACCGUGGAGAAUUUGAGGAAAGGCUAAAGAAGCUGAUGGAGGAAAUUAAACAAAGUGACGAGAUAAUACUCUUUAUCGAUGAGGUGCAUACUCUAAUCGGAGCGGGAGCAGCUGAGGGUGCAAUCGAUGCUGCAAACAUCUUGAAGCCAGCUCUUGCAAGAGGAGAACUGCAGUGUAUUGGUGCCACUACACUGGAUGAAUACAGGAAGCACAUCGAGAAAGACCCAGCUCUGGAGAGGCGGUUCCAACCAGUAAAAGUGCCUGAGCCAACCGUGGAUGAGACCAUACAGAUUCUAAAAGGGCUGCGUGAACGUUAUGAGCUUCAUCACAAGCUCCGUUAUACAGAUGAGGCCCUAGUUGCUGCUGCACAACUGUCAUAUCAGUACAUCAGUGACCGUUUCCUCCCUGAUAAGGCGAUUGACUUGGUUGAUGAGGCUGGUUCCCGUGUUCGGCUUCGUCAUGCACAGCUCCCCGAGGAAGCCAAAGAGCUUGACAAAGAGCUCAGGCAGAUCACCAAGGCAAAGAAUGAAGCUGUCCGUGGCCAAGACUUUGAGAAGGCUGGGGAGCUGCGGGACCGUGAAAUGGAAUUGAAGGCCCAGAUCUCAGCCCUAGUUGACAAAGGCAAAGAGAUGAGCAAAGCAGAGACUGAGGCAGGUGAUGCAGGCCCAUUGGUGACAGAGGUGGACAUACAGCACAUAGUCUCUUCUUGGACAGGGAUUCCUGUUGAGAAGGUCUCCAGCGAUGAGUCUGAUCGCCUCCUCAAGAUGGAGGAGACCCUUCACAAGCGGGUCAUUGGCCAGGACGAGGCUGUGAAAGCCAUCAGCCGUGCUAUCCGCCGUGCCCGUGUUGGCCUCAAAAACCCUAACCGCCCGAUUGCCAGUUUCAUAUUCUCUGGCCCCACCGGUGUUGGCAAGUCAGAGCUGGCCAAAGCGCUGGCUGCCUACUACUUCGGGUCCGAGGAAGCCAUGAUCCGGCUUGACAUGAGUGAAUUCAUGGAGCGACACACCGUCUCGAAGCUCAUCGGCUCCCCACCUGGCUACGUCGGUUACACCGAGGGUGGCCAGCUCACGGAGGCUGUCCGCCGCCGUCCCUAUACUGUGGUCCUGUUUGACGAGAUCGAGAAGGCCCAUCCAGAUGUCUUCAACAUGAUGCUCCAGAUCCUGGAAGACGGACGGCUGACGGACAGCAAAGGCCGGACAGUCGACUUCAAGAACACGCUCCUGAUCAUGACAUCCAACGUUGGGAGCAGUGUCAUCGAGAAGGGUGGCCGUCGGAUUGGAUUUGAUCUGGACUACGACGAGAAGGACAGCAGCUACAACCGGAUCAAGAGCCUGGUGACAGAGGAGCUGAAGCAGUACUUCCGGCCAGAGUUCUUGAACAGGCUUGACGAGAUGAUUGUGUUCCGGCAGCUGACAAAGCUGGAGGUGAAGGAGAUUGCCGACAUCAUGCUGAGGGAGGUGUUCGAGCGGCUGAAGGUCAAGGAAAUUGAGCUGCAGGUAACGGAGCGGUUCCGGGACCGGGUGGUGGACGAAGGGUAUAGCCCAAGCUACGGAGCCCGGCCCUUAAGGAGGGCAAUCAUGAGGCUGUUGGAGGACAGUCUAGCGGAGAAGAUGCUGGCGGGGGAGAUCAAGGAGGGGGAUUCAGCGAUUGUGGAUGUGGAUUCAGAUGGGAACGUGUCGGUGCUUAGCGGCAGUAGUGGGGUCCCUGAGCCAUUGUCCCCAGCGAUGCCCAUGGUAUAAUAGCCGUUGGAUGUUGUAUGUAUUGUUAUAAUUCGAUUAGUCAGUCCAUGCGGAUUAUGUUAAUUUGCUAAGUUCUUUACAUGCAGUUUUAGUUUUUCUUGAUGCAUACGUGCACUCACAGGAAGUUUAUUUUUCCGUGUAAUAAAAUACUGAAAUAGGAGUUUGAAAGGAGAAAUAGAUUCACUGCCGUUUUAUU